UAUAGCUAUUAAUAUAUUUCUAUAGACAGGAUGAUACUUAAUCUCAUAUUUUCCCAGAUGUUGAAAAUAAUCAUCGUUGCAUCAGUCAUAUCCGUGGUAUGCGGUACCCAGUAUGCUUACUUCGAUAACAAUCUUGUAGAAUUCGACGAUCCACCUGCACCAACUAUUUCGCUUCCGUACCCCUAUAAAGAGCCAAAAGUGAUCAAGGUAGAACCGAGACCUGCAGUAACCUAUGAUGUUGGAGUCCGCACAGCAAUCGUUUCCUCACCACCUACUGCUAUGACCAAGUUAGAUCUUAUCAUGGCUCCCGUCAGACUCAUUUGUUCUGUAGCAACGAGCGUUAUUGGCUUCAUUAAAAGGACGAUUAUGUACGUAAUAACGUCCAUCCCAGCUCUCGUCUUCGGCUGCUUCUCAUCCCUCGGAGUUUGCAACCUUUCCGCAAUCUGUAAAUUUUUCAACAUCGACCCAUCUUCCUAUGUGAAUGAAAUAGCUUCGUUAGUUAAUCCUGAACGUUUGAAGAGAGCGACACAGUUCGUCGAGACCGCUAUCAACAAGUAUAGAGAACUUCAAAAAGUUUAGGAUUUCAGUGUUUAAUUUGUGUGUAAAGAUAUAUUUAUAUUAUUUAUUUAUUUUAUUUAUAGCCUUUUCGACAAUCUUAUCUUACCGAUUCUUUACUUAUCUAGAAACCGGUUUCGCUUGAU